CCGCAAGCGGCUGACCUCCGGUCUCCGGGCAACCAGAGCGCGCACAGCGGAGCGAGGCUGGCGGGUCCGGCGGGAGACUUAACAUGGAGACCCCAGUAGGUAAUGUUGAUUCCUCAAACCUGGUGUCCAGGACAAGAGAGGAGCAGGAAAACAAAGGAACAGAAAAGGAUGCAAAGGUGGAGGAGGCAAAGGACUAUGCACUGUUUGAAACUCUGUGUGAUACUGUCCAAUCAUCACUAGCACUACUGCAGAACAGCAUCAGUGAGCUCCUCAACUUCAAGGAUCAACUGAUGAAUUAUCCUCUUCCCAGCAACGUCCUGGCUCAUUUAGUUGUUACCACGGGGAGGAUUUUCCGCAGUGCUUCUGAUAUGUUUACUCCAACCACUGAGCUUGUUCGUCUUGCACGAUUCUAUGCUACUCCAUGGGAACAGAAGAAAGAACUCCUGGAGCGCAUAUAUGUGAAUCAUGAGAGGAAAAAACAUCAGCUGAGUGUGGCAGUGAGGAAACUGCAACAACUUGAUACUCAGGCCAAGUGGUUUGCUCGGGAACGACAAAUCUUGAACUGGGAGAAGUUAUUUGCAAAGCUAAUGACAGCGAAGGCCCAUGGGAGACGGUGGAAAUUUCGAGUAGAAUAUCUGAAAAGGAAAGGUGAACUGAGCUCAGAAUCACAGAGGUUUGUAGGGAGUCCUAUUCAGCCAGAAGUGAGGGGUGGACAGACUGACCCCAAGCAACAUGCAUCAAAAGAGGCAGAAUCCCUAAAGAGCUUGAUCGUCAAAGAGGAUCGAGAGGUUGAUACAGAGGAAAGCAAUGACAAAGAGGACAAGGAGAACGAAGACAGCGAUUUGGAGGAGGCCGAGGUCCCAACAGAAAGAGGUCGAGGUGCUAUUUUAAAGAAGGACACCAUUGAUGGUGAAGCACAAACAGAAGGGCAGACAGAAGAGCAGGGGACAUGGACAGGUGAUCCUCUCCGUUCCAGAUUUCUCUGUGUGUCAGUGACCAAGUUUUAUGGCUGCUUUGAGCAAGGACUAUCCUGCUUACUGACGUAUCGACAGGAACGUCAGCAGAUACAGCUUAUCCCGGACCAAGCAAGGCAGAAGAACAAAGUAUCGAAACAAGUCAAAAUAAAUGAAAGCAAACACGAUUUGCUUGCUACCAGGUCUGUCUCUGGAAUUUUAAAAGCAUCAGAAGCACCUAACAGUGAUUUUGCCAAGUCAGCUGUAGAGUAUGUGCUGAACAGUACUCAAGGGGCAAAAUUUGAAAUGGCAAAGGAUUCUGCUGCAGUGGAGGUGUUGCUUUUUCAUGAUCAAAAAGGAAUGAUUGCUGAAGGGGAGUUCACAUUGCCGCAGGAUCUACUUCUGGAACAGAAAUAUGUAAGUGACAAAGAAAUUCAGCUUUUUACUCCUGGAUCUACACGAUCACCAGCAAGAAACAUUGCAGCCUUGCGCAUCAGCCUCUGCAUAGAGGAGCUGGUGGAAUCGAUGUGGAAGGACCAAUCCACUGAGGCUUGGAGUCUUGAAGAACUAGUUUUGGAUGCCACAGGAAUAGACCUGAAGGAAACCAGCCAGGAUGAGUUGGAGAAAUGCCUCAGGAAACCUGAGCUAAGAGAAACCUGCACUUCUGCCAUGUCAUGGGCUUCCUCCUCCAUGGUAAAACCAGCUUUGGUUCCUGAGGAACAAGUGCAGCUAUUGAUAGAGGAACACAAUCUCCAGCUCUCCCAGCUGCAGGAAGUGCACCAAAAUCAAAUGAGAAGCCUUCUGGAGUCUUUCGGAUCAUCUGUACCAGACAGUCCACUCAAUCAUACUUCCUUGACAGACAUGCUGGAGAGGAUUCCAAGGUCAGAGAGUGCACGAUUAGCAGCGGAGAAUGAGAAUUAUGAGACAAAGAGAAGACGGACACUGAAUCACUCAGCUCGAGAUAUCAGAUCAGCACAAGCUGGUCCAAAACCCCCACCAAAAAGUGCUGCUGCAAGACAAAAGAUCAGUAUGAGUAAGAGUAUCCUGCUGAAAAAGAAACUCCCAGAGAAUGUUUGGGAGAGAAUGAAAAUACUGGAAGAGAACAUGUGGAGAAAUAAACACGGUACGAUUGAAAAGCUUCAGUCUGAGACUAGCAGCAAACUGGAGAAGCAGCUCUCAGUUCAAAAGAGGCUACAACUGCAUUCAGACAACAUUGGAAGUGAUAACAGAAGCAAAGAUAAAAUCUGCUUCCCGGCACUGUUCAUGCCAAUGAAGAUCAGACAGGUUUUUAUGCCAAAGGCUCGUUUAUACUUUCAUCCAUCAGGUUCAGCAGGCUUCUUUCGCCUAACGCAGGCACCAUCAGUUAUCAGCCUUCCCCCUCUGGGCAGCAGCACUAGAAUGUCUGUUUUGAAUCUGUUGAACCCCAGCGUCACAUUGCCCAUGACUUCAGCUGGUCAGGAUAACCCUACCCUUGAAGAAGCUGAGACUGUGCUAAACAGGGUGACACCUGAGCCAUACCCCAUAAGUCAAUCUUGGGCAGGUAGUGUGAAUUUACCUGAAGAGAAAUAUUAACUGAACCAAGAUUCUGAAGAUUGGAGGGUCUUGACUGAAUCUGUUGUUGGUGCAAUUCCCCUUAUACUUUGUGUUUGAAGUUGCUGCCUCAUGCUCGGAUGUACAAUUGUUUGGAAUCUUGCCUGAAUGGUUAUUAUUGGUGGAGUGUUUGUUACUGAACUGGUGUGAGUCACUAUUAGAGUCCAACCACUAUUGUUCUGGAACCAUGAGUUCAAAUCCCAUCACAGCAACUGGAGAAUGUGUAGGUAAAUCUGGCAUAAAAAGCUAGUCUAAGUAACAUUGACCAUGAAAUUUCCAGAUUAUAAAUCUGUCUAGUUCGGGGAAGUUAAGCCAUCCAUAUCCAGUCUUACAUAGAUGUGUCUCUAGAUCCACCAAUGUGGUUGACUCUUAACUGGUUUCUGACGCAGUCUGUAUUGGAGUAGGGGCGUUUAAGUGCUGCUUUGCCAGUGAAUGAAUGAAACCAAAAUGAUUAAUAUGUGAGCCUAAAUAGUCAGCAUUGGCAGACUGUUUGUCUGUGGAAGUAUAACAGCCAGAACUCUUGCUGUUCUCACCUGAUGAUCAUACACAUAUACAUUCAAGCAACAAUGUAAAAUGGCAAUCAUAACUGAUUUCUUUUCCCCAGAAUCCUGAUGCUAAUUGUCAUACCAUACCAUUGCUGCAGCUGAAAUCACUAUACAUAUAAUUUUACUUCUAUUCAUGGCAUUUAGAAAGCUAGACUAAGUUGCACAGGGUAAAUGCUUCAGUGCCACUGUGUUGGUUUUCAUACAUAUUUGGCAAGGAUGUUUUCUGUGUUUCUGCUUUUGUGAGCAGAGAUUUUCUACUUGGUCAUGCAUCUUUUUAAUAUACAUUCUAAUUUGGUACAAAAAUGAUUAAGACAUUAGAAUAAACUAGCAUGAAAUAUGAAAAAGGCUGUGAGGGUUCUAUAACUGCAUAAGAAGGAAGAGAGUACAAAAAUUAAAAAAUAAUCAUCGGAUCUGAAAGCCUACAUCCUGGGUUUUAAAAGAGUAGCGGUAAAUGUUUCCCUAGAUUCUGGAAGUGUCCCAGCAGAUUGGAAGGGAGCAAAUCUGUCUGUUAGAUCAGCAUGAAAAAAAGGUUGGAGUCAAUUAUUACAGAUGUGGUAAAUAGGUACUUAGAAAAUAAUAUUAUGACUGGGUAGAACGCACAAAAGGAAUAUUUAACUAAUCAAAUAGAAUUUAUUGAGGAUAAAUAGCAAGGUAGAUUAAAAGUAACCAGAAAAUGUUAUAUAUUUCAAUUUUUAAAAAAGAUAUUUGAUAAAGUGCCACACUAAGUGUUGUUAUCUAAAAUAAGUGCUCCCGGAGUUUGGGAUAACUAAUUACCAUAGGUGGGUUAAAGGUAGAAACAAAGAGUAGAAACAUUUCCUUUCAGGUUGACGGUCUGUUACUAAUGAUAUGUCACUAGGAAGAGUGCUAUUUACAAAAUACGUUAAUGACGCAGAUGAAAAAAAGUGUCAAAAGUAUCCAAGAUUUUUGACAAUCCAGACAAGCUAGAUGGUAGGUUUGUAGACUGAAAUGGGAAAUAGACUGGUUAAGAGAGUGGGCAAGAAGGGUGUAUAUUGUGAAAAAUGUGGGAAAACUUGCAAUAGGAGUGGAAAACAGGGAAAGAAUUUGCAGUCAGCGACAAGCCACUCACUCUCACCAUUAGCCUCUGAAUAAAGUCUGAAUUAAUUGUAAACUUCCUUGAAGUGUGUUAGGGAAUUGUCAGAUAUGGGACAUCUUUUAGUGAUUACGGAAUAGGGGUAGCAGGCAUUAAUACAUACAAGAACCAACCAGUCUUCAAAAAAACCAGUUAAAUGUGUAAAGUACAAGUCAUAGUCAGUCUGAUUAAUUAAAUGGCCAGCUUUGAAAACAAACAGGACUGAUAGGUCAUAGAAAUGUAAGAGUCUGAGAGAAUUAUUACAGUAGAUGCUGACAGUCUACUUCCUCUAACUGGAGUAUCUAGAACUAGGGGCAACAUUCUUAGAAUAAGUUAUGUCCAAUUAGGACUGAGAUGUGAAUCUGAGUAUUUAGUUUUUUCCAUCAUGAAGGCAGUGGAGGCCAAUUUACUGAAUGUAUUGAAGAAGGUAGAUACAGUUCCAGUCAAAUCAUCAUGAAGGGAAGAGGGAGGGAAUAUGGUAUUGUCAUAUAGAAUCAGCCAUGAUCAUAUAGAAGGGUGGUGCCAACUUGAAGGGUCAAAUAGCCUACUCCUGCUCCUACUUUUAUUGUUUCUAUGUUUAAUGCCGAAAGUGUACAAACUGACACCUUUUAUAUUACUCUGCUAUUUUAUGUCAAUGCACUUAAUCCAACUAUUACAAUUUUCAACUCACUCUACAUUCAUUUUAUCUGCUAUGUUAAAAUUUUCUGAAAAGUUUAAUAUAAUCUCUAUUAUCCUCAAACUCUUUAUCAGAUACUCUGCAGAAGCUGAGUGACUCAUUACCUUACAUCCCAAAACUUUUCAAACAUUUACAAGGAAUAAGUUAGGAGCAUGCCUGGAAGACCUCAGUCCCAACAAUAUUCAAGAAGCUCAAUGCCAUUCAGGCCAAAGCAAUGUGUUUGAAUGGCACUUCAUCUAUAAUCCUUAACAUCCAUUUCCUCCACCAGUGGCGCAAAAUAGAUAUAUAACAUCUAUAAAAUGCACUGCACAUACAUUGCCUUCGCUAUUCUAACAACAUCUCCCAUACUCACAGCCUCUGUCACCAAGGACACAUGGGCAGCAGGUGCAUGGGAAAACCACUAUUUGUCGGUGACUUGGAAAUAUAUAUAUUAUUAUUCCUUCAUUGUCACCAGGUUUAAACCUGGAAACUCCCUAUUCAACAGCAUUGCAAUGGUUUGAGAAGAUGGCUUACCAUUACCUUCCCAGGGCCAAUUAGAAAUGAGCAAUAAAUGCUCACUUUGCCGGUGACUGUCACACCCAAAACAAAAGGAUAAAUGCAUAUAGAAAAACAUUGUCAUCUUAAAAUCAUUAGGGAAAAUAGCCUUUACUGCUAACCAGUCUUUCUGAUUUGUUCAUCCUUACAUUGACUCCUUUUAGGGUCUAACUUCCAGUCUGUGCCACAAGGUUAAUUCCAAUGUGACUAUUUAAUUCUUGCCAGUUUUCUUUUAUAUGCAAUUCAUCAAAUGUUUCCCAAAAUUCACAGAUGAUAUCCAAUAAUGCUCCUUUAACACUUAGUAAUGAUCAUUGUAUUAUAUUAGUCAGACUUGACCUGCCUUUCAUAAAAUCAUCCUAUUCAGAUUAUGCAUUGCCAAGUGUCAGGCUGAACCUAUUUGUUCCAUUGUUUUCUCCCUGAUGAAGAACGUUAGGAAUUUUCCUACUACUGAUAUUUCAACUUAUGCUUAUUGUUACUUGUUUUUUUUUAAACUUUUCCUUUUUUUUUCUGAAGUAGUUGCAUGUGGUUUUAAUCCCCUUUUAUAUCUUAAUGUUUAAAUUGAGCUGCAACUUUUUACCCUUUUAAUAAUCUUUUCUCCAUUAUGUUGUCAUUCUCCACAAGUUACAGCUAUCAAUUUUGGAUUGCCAAUAUGUCUUUAUUUUCUACAACAAUCAAAUAAUGGGUUGGCUGAACUCUUGUUACCCUCCUCCUUGAUCGAUUUAUGAACCUUUGCUCUUCAUUGUCAACUGCAAUUCUUUUCCAAUUGCUCUAUUUUUCUUUCCUUACUGUUAGUAGUUAACAAAAAAAUGGCCUCAACCACAUUUUACAUUCUUUCACCUAUAGUGAACUAAUUAGCAUCUAUGUGAAAAUGAAAAUAAAGUUAAACAUGAUUUUGACAAUUAAGUUAUUUCUUUUAGAAGUACAGAGGAUCCAUAUACUUUGAGUAUCCCAACUUGAGUGCCAUUAAAUAUUUUCGGUUUUGUGUUUGUUUUGUUACAUUUUCCCCAUCCAAGCUUGUUGACAAUCUGAAUUGUGGCACAAGGGCACCAGAUGUAUUCCAGUACAUUUCCCAUAUUGCUAUAAUAAAUGUGUUCCUCCAGUGAC